AUGUCAGAUGAAGCCAAGAUCCUUGUGCUCAACCCAAGUCCGGAAAAUUUAGAUAAGGCAUUGACAAAGGCUAAUUCCCAAAAUACAAAAUUAGGGCCAUUUGCAGCGACGAUUUUGAUCGGAGAUGUCAUACCCAGAGAUAAGCCUCUACCGCAAACAAAGCUUCUAGAAAGCACGUAUUUUGCUAAAGGCUGCAACGGAAUAUCUGACGAAGUUGAGGUCAAAUCUUCAGAACUGACGUCUACGUUAGUUGAUAUUGACGACAAUCUUAUCUACGUGAAACCCCCAUAUAGCAUCGUCAAGUUGGUUUCAGGCACUACUAUGUUGAUUGUGUCAGGCGAACUUCUGAAAGACAGUCUCGAUAAAAUAGCUCAGGUCAAGGCGAAAAUAGAGUUGCUUUUCACAUUCAAGUGGCCUAUAGCGUUAUCAUUCGUCGAGUCAGUUUCACAGGUUGGUAACGAGACAAUUGAUCUGCUUGUGAAACUUAUUAAGCCAAAGUAUCAUUUUGCUGUGGGAAAAGAAGAGAGCGGUAUCUAUUAUGAAAGUGAACCAUUCACGUGGCCUAGUGGCGAAGUCACGAGAUUUAUAAGUUUGGCACAAGAAGGAAGUGGCGGUAAAUGGUUUUAUGCAUUCUCGAUGAACAAUAAACAAGAGGAUGUCACUGAUUUGAUGGAGAAUCCAUUCCUUACAAAAAAGAGAUCCCGUGAGAACAGGGAUAGUGGGAAGGAAACCGUGACAAAGAAGACGAAAGUAGUCACCCCUGACCAGUGCUUCUUUUGUUUGAGCAAUCCCAAAACAGAAACACAUAUGAUUGUGUCGAUUGGUUCCCAGGCAUACCUAACAGUUGCGAAGGGCCCACUCACUAGAUCAAACAAAGAUCUAUCAUUUUCCGGUCAUGGCAUUAUAAUACCGAUUCAGCAUGUCCCCAACGUCAAUGAGCGAGAUGGCCCAAUACAACAAGAGAUUAACCAAUUUCAGCAAACGUUAGUGAAGGCGUUUGCAAUCCAAAAGCCUUUUCUCAAAUUGAUUUUUUUUGAAUUGAAUCGACAUGAUAAUGUCCAUCACAAUGUCCAAUUUUUGCCUGUUUAUGAAUCACAACUUGAUAAGUUUGCCAAAUCAUUGGAAUAUAGAACUAAAACCAAUAAUGAAAAAUUUAAGCGAAACCAGAGUCUUGAAUUCAAUGAGUUUACCAACGAAAAUGAUCCAGAGCUAAAAGCUAUUGAAAAGGAGAACGACUAUAUCAAGUUUAUUAUCUGCACUAGUGAAGCUGAGUCAAAGAUUUACAUUGCUAAAUUAACAACGGGUAAACCGCUUGAUAUUCAGUUUCCACGUAGGGUGCUUGCUCACAUGUUAAACCUACCUGAUCGUGUACAAUGGGAUAAGUGUCAACAACCUAAAAUUAAGGAAAUGGCCGACUGUGAGGAGUUCAAACAGUUUUAUCGCAACUACGACUUCACUUAG